AUGUUGGUAGCAAUCAAAGGCGACACCACACGACCAAAUUGGUUGGUAUAUCUGAUUUCAGCGUUCGCGUCACUAGUUUGUACUUGGUUUGUACUGUUGUCAGCAGACAGAUCGAGAAGUAGACGGACUUGCGAACGCGCUUCUACGCAAUUUACGAACGUAUUCGCUUUGUUUAUAAUAUUUUACGUGACCGGUAAAAUAAGAAAACCGCUCAAAAUGUGUGCGAAAAUGGCUUUUCAACACCAGGCGGGGACGGCGAUGGAGUGCCUGAGCAUCCCUAUCACUCUUCACAAAGAAGCAGAAAUUGAUGCCAAUGGAGAAGAGGUGAUGAAAUGUGGAUUGAAAAUAGGUGGAGGUAUCGAUCAAGACUUUAGAAAAAGUCCGCAAGGCUACACGGACAAUGGGAUCUAUGUAACGGAAGUCCACGAAGGUUCGCCAGCAGCAAAAUCAGGAUUGAGAAUGCAUGACAAAAUCCUCCAGUGUAACGGUUACGAUUUUACUAUGGUAACCCAUAAAAAGGCUGUUGGAUACAUUAGAAAGCAUCCUGUACUAAAUUUACUUGUGGCACGAAAAGGGGUCACCAGCACCUAAAGCGUGCUAGCGUAAUGAUUAUUGAUUAAAAUUAACCACCUGUUCAUGAGAUUGAUAUUUUAUUUGGUUCAUUAAGGUGUUAGCAAUGCCAAUUUGCAUUGAAGAUGUAGUGCUGAGAGGAAGAAUUAUCUCGAACAGAAUUGGGGACUUUACAGCUCAGUAUUCACACUCUGUAGACAAUCUAAACAUUCGGCAAUCAAAUAUCCUAAUCUGAGUAGCUAUUAGAUUUUAAACGUGGUUGUAAUGGUUUAUUAUUUCUACUAAGCGAUUGGACUCAAGUGCGCAAGAUGACUCGUUCAGGGCAAAGUAUUAUCCAGAGUCUUUUUAUUCAAAGUAAAUUUUAAAAAAUUCAUAGAAAAAUGCGUGUCAAAAUGAUGAGAAAACUAUGCUUGUCUAUUAAAUCGCGGUUGAUACAAAGCUGUACCUGCUGGCAAGGUAAAUUUGAAUAACUUUGUGAAUUAGACGAGAUUUUGUUUCUGCUUAAGUUUUAAGAUUUUAUCGUUAAAUGAAUAUUUGAUAGAAUUAAAGCAAAUACUUGGUAUUGCUAACUUAAAACGUAAAGGAUAUAAAUAUACACUAAUUUUGAAGCAGGUGGCAAAUGAUACAUAAACAUCCUACCUCCCUUCGUGUCAUACACAUAACACCCAAAUAGAUACUAAGUAGUAUAAGCAGGUUCGACAAGGACCUUUGAUUUAAAUACAUGUAGUUAUCAUACGUACCUGCUUGUAAAAAUGUUAGGAUAUAUUAUAUGAUUACUAGAUUUUCGUUAUUUAUUAUUGACAUAACGACAAUGCUAUUGAAGUGAAAAUACAGAGACGAAAUUCAUUGAUAUUAAUUGAUAAAAUACCAUUUGAGUUGUCCUCAAAGAAAAUUUGAAUACAUUACUAAUGUAGUUGUCAGGAAAAAAUUUAUAACUAUUAUUUCGUAGUGGGAUUUGCGGAAAUUCCAGUUGCAUGCGUUAUCUUUACAACAACUUGGUUCAAAAUCAAUGUUACAUGCUUGGUUGAAAUUGGGCACAUACCACAUUUAAAUUUGUAUAUUGUAUAAUAAGAAUUAUGAUUCUGGUUACUCAGUUCAGAUAUGAUGUUUGUUUUACAUCAUAUUACCAAAGAAACUUACCUGUUAUAAUUUUU